AUGGAGCAUGGCCUCGGGCGCGAGGCCGCAGGCCCGCCUGAAAGUGCAGCGGACCCAACCCAGGUGCCGCGCUCUGCUCGGAUGACGAUGGGUGCGCUGUCAGUGUUGACUUGGGUGCAGUACCUAUUAAUGAUGCUUUCUUACCUUCGAAUCCGCCGAGCCCACAAGAUUGCGAAGCGAUCCAUGGAGAGAGACAUGCGCUACCUCCAAGCCGCACACCGGAAACAGCAGCUGGCAAAGCGGAUGAAGUGGCAACAACGUUCGUCUCAGCAGACUGAGGCGCCUAACGACGCAGGCGCCCCUCUAGCCACGCCGUCCUCAGUGAGCGGCGACCAGGACGACGGAGAACGUGAGGGGAAACAGAAACAAGACGCUACAUACGAGUGA